GACACGCCGUGAAUACAAAGAGCGCAUACAUAAUCACACACCAAAUGUUGUUUUUAUUUUAAAUAUUAAAACUAAAAAAUGAGUAUCGAUUAAAAAAAAAAACAAUGAACCCAUCUUUCCUAUGGCCUUAGGUUUCUCCCCUCCCUUAAACAGCGUUGCGCACAAGUCUGUGCCACGUUACGCUACGGUGCAUUUUGUACAAAAUCCCUUCUCUGUAAUUUCUUGCUAUGGGGGGACCGCUGAAGAUCUGUCUUCGCAAGGAGCGUGGAAGUAUCCCUAAGUAGGACAACCGAGAGCGGUGUAGUUUUCUCCUCUUCUUUUGAAACAUAUUGGGGGAUAUCCCUAAAAGCGCCGGGGGAGAAACGGAGAAGGCUGGCAGACUUUGCUUUGGGGCGCUUAAACCGUGCAAUAUGCUGGGGGAGCAGCCGGUCUUUCUGCGCGCAAAUAAAAUAAUGGGCGAGAAAUGAGAAGGAAAACAAAAGCUAAACGAGUCCUCGACCGCGAAAAUGACGAAGACGAAGAGGAAGAGGAGGGAGACCCCAAACGGCACGCGAUCGACGUAAGGACAUUGCACAGCAAAGUUUUGUGUCACGCGUUGCAGAAAAGAAGAAAACAAAUGUACCCUGCCAAAGAGAAAGCAGAGGAAAAUUCAUCAUCUGCUGCCGGCCUCCAGAAGUUGAAAAUGAGGGCGUUUGAGUUUGACAGCCCCACCGUGGAUCACAUCACAGACAGCAACUCCACUCCAGAGGAGUCAGACUACCUACAGUCCUGUUCAAAGGCGGAACUCGUUGCGAUGGUGCUGUGCAUGCAAAGGGAGAUGGAGAGCUUAAAAGAGCAAAUUCGGUGCCUUACAGCAUGUGGGAAGCUGGCGAGAAACCUCGAGGCGCUAAUCGAGAGAACCCAGGUGUGGUCAGGCGGCGACGCCAAAACUCCCAGCAUGCCUGCCGUGGCCGUGGAGGGAGAUGCCCUGAUGCCAGCGUUACUAAAUGGGCAGUGGGUGAAACAAGAUGCCUCGUCGCUGGACCACAAGCCGGAGCCAAACGAAGAUUCUCAGAGGAACGGGCUUCAUUCCGAGUUCAUUACCCCCCAGUUGCUGGAGCGCUGUAACACCGGAACCACGGCCCAGAAGCUGACCAACGACCUGCUGCGGGGGCUGUACGAGAGGGAGUGCCUGGCGUCUCACUCCAUCUCGGGCAUCGUGUACAACAAGCGGGGGCAGCCCAAGCCCGCUCUGCCCGCUGACGAGGUCCAGGCCAUCCUGAGAACGGUGCAGUACUUCUUUCCGGGGAAGACGGACGCAGAGAUCAAGGGCUACAUUCGGCAGAAGCUUCAGAAUGAGGCCAAGCGACUGCGGAGGAAACCCCAGCUGUCCGUGAAGACGGAGGCUCACGCGGAGCCCAGGGAGGCCGAGAGAGCGUACACGUAGAUGUGGUGACCCGCGGGGGCCCGGCAGACCCCAUCCCAUCCCGGCUUGGGGCGGGCGAAGCAGGUGCUGGACAGGUCCAUAGCUAGAAAUAAAUUCUGGGGGGGGGGGGGUCCAGCAUCCCUACUGAUAGGUAGAUGUUGCCAACUGGGGUGGUGGUCUCCAUUGGCAGAGUUCUCUGCCUGGGGGAGAGAAGCAAAAUUUGAGAGGGAUUCAAACUCUCAUAAUAUUGCUACCUGGCUACAUGUCUCAUAGGUUGCAAAAAAAAUUUUGGGGGUGGGGCCAAACCCAUAAUUUAAGUGCGUGGCUACGUGCCUGGCGAUGGGGACGUACAUCUCCACAAAUUUGAAGCAAUUAUAAAAUGAAACCUUUGUGUGAUAGAUGACGAGCCUCAUUUUUGCCCUGUCGAGAGGUGGAAAUAGCAGUGUUACGUUUAUAUUGGCAUGAAAGGAAAAUGAUACCACUUCCUGCCUUUCCUCAGUCCACAUUCUUCAUAGUUUGAGUGAAAUCCUGUAUUUCUGUUUGACACCCGAGCAGAUGCUUUGGGGGUCAUUCAUGGGUUUCAUUUAAACACAAGCUUCAGUCUCGCCUGGUCCUGUGGCUUGUUUUUUGUCAGCAGUAGAUAAGCAGUGUUCUCUUACGAAGAUUAGCUGGUGAAUCGAACUUAAAAGUUCUGUCUUAAGAUGAUGAUUCGUGCUUCUGAGUUGUGUGUGCAGUGACAACUUAUGAUGUGAUCAUGGGUUCUGAUCUGAUGUUGUACUUGUAUGACUCGUUGAACUAAACCUGUCUUUCAUUUGUUCGUUUUUUUUAACAAAAUCCUCUUGAUUAAAUUACAUUUUGAUUUUCUUAA